AUGAAGGUUUUUUCCAACGCGGUCACCUUCAACUACUCCUGGGACGAGGUGUCGACCGCCAACUGGCAAAAGUACGGUCCCUGGAACAACAAGUCUGAGCACGUCAUCGCCGUCGACACGCUCUCGCGCCGCGUGGACCCGGCCACCGGCAUCCUGCGCACCGAGCGGCUCAUCGCGUGCCGGCAGUCGGCGCCGGAGUGGCUCAAGUCGAUCCUCGGCGGCGGCAAGCUGGACGAGAGCUUCGUCUACGAGGCCAGCUACGUGGACCCGGCGACCAAGACGGUCACCAUGGUCAGCCAGAACCUGACGUGGAGCAACCUGGUCAGCGUCCAGGAGGAGGUCGUCUACCGCCCGCUCGGCGACGGCCAGACGCAGUUCACCCAGACGGCGAACAUCACGGCGCUCUGCGGCGGCUGGCAGCGCAUCAAGAACUCCAUCGAGGACACGCUGGUUAACAGGUUCCGCGAGAACGCGGCCAAGGGCCGUGAGGGCUUCGAGCGCGUGCUGGAGAUGAGCCGCAUCGUGUUCGCCGAGGAGCGCGAGAAGGCCCUGCGCGAAAAGCUGGCCCUAUAA